CCCACCUCCACCUGUCCUUAUGAGCGGCGGUCCGGGCGCAGCGCGGCCGCUCUGUGUGCACCAGGCCUCCGCCGACACCUGUGGAUAAGUAGCUGCAGCGGCCCGGCAAGAGGACUCCGUCUCCGGCUGCGACCAUGGCCCGGACCGGUGUCUCCGACUCCAAGCCCCUGCUGGACUUACACAAGAAGGCGGAUGACAGGCGAGCCCCGUUGAGAACGUGGGCUAAUGCCUGUGGGCCCAUCGAUCGCUGGCAGCCCGUGGAAGUGGACGAGCCCAAGAUGGCCCCUGUCAAAAUGGAGCCGGAACCGCCCGAACGCCGAUGGGAGAGGAGGUUGUCGGCGCAAACCAGCGACGGCAUCAUCAUGGGGUUCCACGAAGACGGGCAGACGCACUCAGACGACGUCGUGGACAAGUGUGUGGAGGAGCGCGUGCUUCUUCACCCUCGCGGCCUGCAGAGUCUUCACAGCCUCCAGGCGCUGGUGCCGAGCCUGCUGCGCCGCGAGGUGGAGCUGGCGCUGGAGACGCUGGGCCUGGUCUGGGACCGAGCGUUCGCCUGGGACAUGUUCCUGGUCAUGAUGAGAACUCAGACGUGGUACUCUUUCCCCAGCGCUGACCUGCCGCGCCAUUUCACUGAUGCCACUCGAGCCGUGCUGGUAGAUUGGCUCAUUAAAGUUCACGAGAUGAUGCACUUCCAGGAAGAGACCCUCUACCUGGCCAUACACCUCAUCAACCGCUCCCUGCGUCAGAUCAAAGUGUCCACUGCCAACCUGCAGCUCCUCGGCAUGGUCUGCCUCUUCCUCGCUGCAAAGAAAGAGGAGUGUCUCCUGCCCGAGGUGUCGGGACUGUGCUACCUGAUGGACCACACCUACACUCGGCAUCAGCUGCUGCGAAUGGAGCGCAAAGUGCUCUGCGGGCUGAAGUUUGAUUUGUCCUACUGCCCCCCGCUGCAUUUUCUCGUCAUUCUCACCUCCGUCGCUCGCUGCAGUGUCAAGGUGGUGUGGAUGGCUCGGUACCUGCUGGAGCUCUCUCUCCUGGAGGGCCAGUGCGUGGUGUUCCUCCCCGCGCAACUGGCAGGAGCCGCCCUCUGCUUGUCCCGCCAGGUCCUGCAAGAGCCCCCGACGCCGGAGGGCGAGGCCGCCUGGUGUCUGGCCUCCAGCAUCCACGUCGGCAGCGAGACCGCCCUGCUGAGGAUCAUGCACAUCCUGGCCAAGGCUGCGGCCAAGGCCCACACCCGAGAGACCUGUGCGACUUUUAUCAAAUUCUCCUCCCCAGAGACCAUGAACGUGAGCAGACACCCGGGUCUGAAGAACGCCUCCGCUCUUCUGGGCGUUUGCACUUGACGUACCUGAAUCACAGAGACUGUUCAUUAAAUCCCGAGGCUUCAAAGUAGAGAGACGCUAAGACCGGUACGACUACUUGAGCACUUGACUCGGUACGGUGGUCUCGGCGUGAGACCACACUGUGGUGGUGCGGUGGUGACUCCCCGUGGUCCGAGGCCUCCGGAUCCCGAGGGAUUACCUUUUGGAAAAUGGGUGAGGAAGAAGUGUGAAGGAUUUAAUGCCAAACAAUUGUUCGACGGAAAGAAAAUUGCCCGCACUUGGCGUGCGUGAGAUUUAGCCAGCCCGAGUGGCAACACGUGUUUUAUGAUCUUAUCUUGCAGCCGGUUUAGAAAAUAUUUGAAUUGUACUGAUGUGUCCUUGUCAUGAAGUUUUAAAUGUAAAAAUAAAGUGUCUGCUGCUGCAUAA